AUGUCGACAUCAGGAACGCCCACGAUCCUCUCCACGCUCCCACCCAUCUUCACCGCUCUCCACGAUGCCAAGAAGAAAUCCAAGAUGACCUUCGCCGACAUCGCCGCCAAGAUGGACCGCGACGAGUGGUACGUUGCCGGAAUCUUCUACGGCCAAGCCAAACCCGACGAGGCCGACGUAACCAAGCUUUCGGCUGCGCUCAACCUGCAGCAGCAGUACCUCGAUGACGCCUUUGGUCCCGACUUUUUCCCCCACCGCGGUCUCGGCGAAUUUCCGCCGCAGGAUCCGGUUCUGUACCGAUUGUACGAGGUGCUCGUCGUGUACGGCUACCCGCUCAAACACAUGAUCCACGAAAAGUUCGGAGACGGCAUCAUGUCGGCAAUCGACUUUGAAGGUCAUGUCGAAAAGGUCAAGGGCAAGCAGAACGAGGACAGAGUCAAAAUCACCCUCAACGGCAAGUUCUUGCCCUACCGCCGAUGGUAA